ACCCUUGAAUACAAUAUAGGUCUGACUUGUAUAGUUUCUAUUACUAUUUAUUUGACUUGUAUAGUUUCUAUUACUAUUUAUUCUACCCUUGAAUACAAUAUAGAUCUGACUUGUAUAGUUUCUAUUACUAUUUAUUCUACCCUUGAAUACAAUAUAGAUCUGACUUGUAUAGUUUCUAUUACUAUUCAUUCUACCCUUGAAUACAAUAUAGGUCUGACUUGUAUAGUUUCUAUUACUAUUCAUUCUACCCUUGAAUACAAUAUAGAUCUGACUUGUAUAGUUUCUAUUACUAUUCAUUCUACCCUUGAAUACAAUAUAGGUCUGACUUGUAUAGUUUCUAUUACUAUUCAUUCUACCCUUGAAUACAAUAUAGAUCUGACUUGUAUAGUUUCUAUUACUAUUCAUUCUACCCUUGAAUACAAUAUAGAUCUGACUUGUAUAGUUUCUAUUACUAUUCAUUCUACCCUUGAAUACAAUAUAGGUCUGACUUGUAUAGUUUCUAUUACUAUUUAUUCUACCCUUGAACACAAUAUAGGUCUGACUUGUAUAGUUUCUAUUACUAUUUAUUCACCCUUGAAUACAAUAUAG